GGCGAGGUGCACAGUAACGGGAGUUGCAGGCAAUCGGACCCGAACGGUUAUUUAUAAUUAGUUAACAAUUCGAUUCAGAUCCGCAGUCCAGAACCGUAUAAAUAGGCGUACCAACCUACCAACAGUCAGUCGCACUGAAAACGCAGCAUUAUCGCCGGCCGAUCACCGUUAAAGAGAAUACGAUUCACAGAAAAAUGGCUCCGAUCGCUGUUGGUGACACAAUUCCCGAUGCUACUCUUGCCUACUUCGAUGAACAAGAUCAGAUGCAGAAUGUCUCCAUACAUUCUCUGGCCUCCGGCAAGAAAGUCGUUAUAUUUGGCGUUCCCGGCGCUUUCACUCCUACUUGCAGCAUGCAGCAUGUACCAAGUUUCAUUGAAAAAUCCGAAGAGCUCAAAUCAAAGGGUGUAGAGGAACUUCUGUUAAUCAGUGUGAAUGACCCUUUUGUAAUGAAGGCAUGGAGAAAGUCAUACCCUGAUUCAAAAAAUGUUAAGUUCCUUGCUGAUGGAUCUGCAGCAUACACUCAUGCACUCGGGCUUCAACUCGACCUUUCUGAGAAAGGCCUCGGUGUUCGUUCCCGCAGGUUUGCUAUGUUGGUCGAUAACCUCAAGGUGGUAGCCGCUAACAUUGAACAAGGCGGAGAGUUCACCGUCUCAGGUGCCGACGAAAUCCUCAAAGCAUUAUAAAUCACUUCGAUGCCAUCCGAUCAAGUUGAGUCUUUUCCUGAUUGUUAAUUAUGUACUGUGUGCUUAAUUAUGAAAAAUAAAACAAGUCUCCUUCCUUAAUAAUAAAUCUAUUAUCACCGUUGUCGAUCAUAGACGAUA